UCCACGUUGAAUUUUUGUUUUCCUUAUUAAUUAUGAUUUCGGAUUGGCUUAUUUAGGGUUUGAUAUAUGGCCCUUAAAAUCCAAAGACAUUUCUGUGAUCUUAUUAUCAAUACCCUUUUGGGUUAUACCAGCCAAAACUCAUAUCUCACCAGAUUUUUUAGGAUUUCUGUCUUAAAUACACACACCCACUACUACAAAUCCUCAAUCCCCACGCCUUGUUUCUUCUCGAUCAUUAGGGUUUAGGCUGUUUAGUUUAGCUAUGGAAUGGUCAGAUUUUCUUGAAUCUUCCUUCUGCACUAAUCUGCAGGCUCUUCAAACACCCCAUCCUGGAUGGGAUUAUGAAGAGAACAAGAUGUUUGAGACUGCUUUGGCCCAACUUGGCUUUGCUACUCCAGACUUACUGCAGAAAGUGGCUGCUAGGGUUCCUGGGAAAAGCUUUGAACAGGUUGUCAGCCAUUUUGCAGCACUGGUUCAAGAUAUAGAAAUGAUUGAGUCUGCAGGUGACUUCCCCAUGUCUAUGCCAGAACUGGGUACUAAGAAAGAACAAGGAUCAUCUGCUAGAGCCAUGUCCACUGGCCAUACAUCCCGAAGGGGGGUUCCAUGGACUGUACAAGAACAUAAGUUGUUCCUGGUUGGACUGAUAGCAUUUGGGAAAGGAGACUGGAGGAACAUAUUGAGGCACUGUGUGAUAACCAAGAGCCCAACCCAGGUGGCCAGCCAUGCUCAGAAGUACUUCAAGCGCCAUAGCAGCUCUGCAUCAUCUUCUGCAAGGAGGAGACGAUGCAGCAUUCAUGAUAUUCAAAUUAAUUUUGAUGAUGAUUCCACCUCAACUAUCUUGCCUAAUAUCUCCCAAAUCUCAGAUGCUUCCAGGCUGCUGCCUGCUUCCUGCAACAAUGGGGAGGAGAAGAACCCUAUUUCUCCAUGAUGACUCAGGACUCACCCACACCCUCUUCGUCAUCUUAUUAUGCAGCUUUGUUAUGACACAAGUGGGGGACCCCCACAAAGCUUUUACUCACAUCAUGCCCAAUCUUGUAAUUAAUUCUCUCUUCUAUCUCCCUCAUCGGGUAAAUAUUUUGGGUUGCCACUUCAUAAAAAUAUAUCAAUAAAAUUUAUUUACCUAUCAUCCUUUAAAUUU